AUGGGGGUGCCUGCGCUUUAUUAUAUGGGUCCAGGAUGCAUUUUCUCAACUAGGAACGACGUAAAUUUUGAAUUGCCUCGAAUUGCUGUAGUUGGUGGACAAAGUGCUGGAAAUCAUGUAAUGGAUCCAAAAGAUGUUCCAAAAAGUAUGAAAAGUGGACCUCGAUAUCUCGCUCCCCCUCACUUGAGAGGAAAAGCCACAAAAGAAUCGCUCUUAAAAAACACUGCGAAACCUUCAAAACAAGAGGAAAGGAGCAAGAUUGGAAAAUCGACCAUCUCUGCUCCUUACUUAUCGAAGGAGACCUAUAGAAAUCAGAAGCACAUUGUGAUAUCCUUAUCACUGAUGAAAGGCUCAAGCUCCUUUUUACAAAGUAAACGUGAAACAAGCCAGAGGAAGCAAUUAAAUAAACUGAAGCAUUGUUUACACUUUGAAGCGGUGCCGAGCAGAACUAAUACAAGUCCCCCAAGUACUAAAGCAGCCGUAGAAAAGCUAAAGGUGGACAAAGCAGCUACCCAGUCAGACACGCCAGCUCCUUCUGUCAGACCCAAAAAGACUAAAACACAAAGUGAGCGUAAAAAGAUGGAAAUACGCCCAGGUUGAAGUUU